UCAGGACCUCCGAGUGUCAGGCGUUUUGACCUUAUGACAUGUUAUACAGGAGGCGACUCUCGUGUUUCGUAAUGUGGUUCUCGGAGUGUGUACUUGCCUCACUUCCCAAAUGCUGUCUGGUAUCCGGGAUGUUCGAAAGAGUCACAACACUCGUCUGGUGCGUACGAAGCUGUGCAGCUCGUUUUCGCCUGGGAUUAGCGGCCAACGUGAUAGUGUUUGACACAGGUGGACGUUCUUGGUAUCUGACUACGGCGCUGAUACAUCGGCUACCCGUCUCCUCGCCGCUCGGAACAGGAGACUUGAAACUGACUUGAAACCUCGACCCGUUCACCUUGCGGGUGCUUGCUCUAUCAAUCCAUCAUCCCAUCCCUGGUGCACUCUUUGGCGCGGCCAGGCUGUAUCCGGUCAGUGCCAUGUUACUCCAGGUAUCACCAGGCUACACUCAAGCUACACUGAAGUG